AUUGACUACAUCACAUAAUGAAUUGACUACAUCACAUAAUGCAUUGACGACAUCAUCAAAUUACGUUUACCCGGUAACAUCAUAAAUUGGUACGUUUGGCGUUCCAUAGCUACGCGGCUUUUGUGUUGCAUAAGGUCAUAUUAUGUAAACAGUAUAUGGAGAUCUGACACGGUUUCGAUAUCCGGGUUUUACACCAUGGUUUUUACUAUACCAGUUCUUCAGUCGGUGCAUGAUUGCUAGGGCAUCAUGUACGAUGUGUGCAUCGUCGGGGCGGGCAUGUGGGGGUCUACUGCAGCCCGCCACGCCUCUCAACUUGCCGGGCUGAAAGUUUGUGUCGUUGGUCCCGAGGAACCCACAAAGGAGGAGUUUGCAGACCGGGAGGUGUUUGGCGCGCAUUACGACGCAGGGCGCAUCUACUCCACGGUGCAUGGUAGCAAUCACGUGGGUCGCAUACGGGGUCUGGUCAGCCAACGCUCCGUGGAGCGAUACCCAGAAUUAGAAGAGCUAUCAGGGGUCAAGUUUUACAAGGAAGUCGGGUUUAUAUUCUUUGGUGGAGUUGACGCUUUUUAUGACACGCUGGACAGUUUUUCAGAAGGCGUGUCGCUUGAAACGGCAGCCAGUGUGCGAAGCCGUUACCCGUACAUUGACACUGGGAAGGACGGACCGACCGCCAUCUUGUCCAAGCGCAGCGCCGGCUACCUCGACGCGCGCAAGUACGUGCAAGCACAGCUAUUGGUUGCUCGUCGCCAGGGCUGUGAUGUCAUGAAUGACGUUGUCGUCCACGUGGCGCAGGUCAACCAAUCGGGUAGCAUGCUGGUGGAGACGGACUCCGGGAGGCAUAUCACGGCGAGGAAAGUCCUGCUGUGCACGGGCGCCUUUACACCGUUCAUGGAUCUCCUGCCCGCUGACCGCAAGCUGGACGUUACGGUCACGUCCGAUGUGACGGUGCGAUUUGAGCUGGACGAGGAGUGCGUGCGGAGGUUGCAAGACAUGCCGUGUCUUACGUCCGAAUUCAGCGAGCCUUCACCAAGGGAGUGUUACAUUCUGCCACCAAUUACGUAUCCCGAUGGCAAGGUAUACGUCAAGAUAGGUCACGGGCGGUACGUAGACACUACACUGCACACCCACGAGGAGGUGCGACGAUGGUACAUCGACGAGGCCGACCCCAAGACCAUAGACACGCUCAAGGAUAUCUUCCAUAGCGUGGUACAAGGAGUGAAACCACUGUCCGAGGUGUAUUACACGUGUGCGGAUUUGGACACGGCCACGGAGCUCCCCUACUGCGACAUGGUAUCGCCCAGCCUCGGGGUCCUGGUUGGUGGAAACAGCCAGGGAGCGACCAUGGCCGAGGAAAUGGGGAGGAUGGGAGCCGACAUGAUCACGGGGGAGACGAAUUGGAACCGUGAUAUCCCUAAAGAAGUCUUUAAAGCCAGAUAUAUUAAUGCAUAAUUACUCUGCUAAAAUUUGGGCACUUGUUGUCUAUGAAUCUGUCAAUUUUUAUUCAAGGUAAACGCAAUAUUAAUUGAAGCAAGUCUAAAAGGGCGAAUUUUUAAGUUGGAUUUCAAGUGAUAGAAGUAGAACAAUUCCAUCGUUAUAAAAGGAAGUGUAGGCUAUAAUGCCCAAGACAGAGCCAAUUAACCAUGAUAUCUAAUUAAUGAUUUAAAUAGAAAUGAUCCAAAACUCCUAGUCUGCAAUUUCCUCUACAACUACUAGAUGGUGGAUGUAUAAGAUUAAAAAAAUCAGGUCAUUCAUUGAACUUUUAAAAGCUAUUUCGCCGACAUUACAUAUACGCUGGAAUUGCCAAUUACAAGAAGUACUAAGGAAUAUUAAUAUUGAUUAGAAUGUAAAAUUUUAUUUAAUAACAAAAAUAAAAAGAAGUUUAUUUGUUGAAAAAUUAACCAUCGUGCACUUUAAUAAUCAGUAUAUGAAUCAAUAUUUUAUUUGUAUUUUGUCAGUAAAAUUAAACAAAGAUGCUAUUAUA